GCGGCGGAGGAGGAUCAGCAGGCUCAGUCAAAGAAAGCCCUGAAGAAACAGCAGAAGGAAGCAGAGAAAGCUGCAAAGAAAGCUGAGAAACAAGCCAAGCUGGUGUGCUGUGUUUUUUAUUUUUUAUCCUCUCAGGACUUCGCCAAAGACCGCUAUGGUGUGUCAGUGAUGGUCCAGUCCCAACAAAAGCUGGACCGGGUGCUGGUGCAGGUCCAACACCUCACCCCUGAGAAAGCUGACCAGGUGAUCUGGUUGCGUGCUCGAGUCCACACCAGCAGAGCCAAAGGGAAGCAAUGCUUCUUGGUCCUGCGUCAGCAGCAGUUCAACGUGCAAGCACUAAUCGCAGUGGGAGAUCGUGCCAGCAAGCAGAUGGUCAAGUUUGCAGCAGCCAUUACCAAGGAGAGCAUCGUAGACGUGGAGGCCGUGGUGAGGAAAGUGGAGCAGAAGAUCGAGAGCUGUUCCCAGCAGGACGUGGAGCUCCACGUUGAGAGGAUUUUUGUCAUCAGCCAGGCAGAGCCUCGUCUCCCCCUGCAGCUGGAGGAUGCUGUGAGGCCUGAUGGAGAGGGAGAAGAGGAAGGAAGAGCCACUGUUAAUCAGGACACCAAACUGGACAACAGAGUGAUUGAUCUCAGGACAACCACCAGCCAGGCCAUCUUCCGCCUGCAGUCUGGAGUGUGCCAGCUUUUCAGAGACACCCUCACCAAUAAGGGCUUCGUGGAAAUCCAGACACCUAAAAUAAUAUCAGCUGCCAGUGAAGGUGGUGCGAACGUCUUCACGGUAUCUUAUUUUAAAACCAGCGCCUACCUGGCCCAGUCCCCUCAGCUCUACAAGCAGAUGUGCAUCUGUGCUGACUUUGACAAGGUCUUUUGUGUGGGCCCAGUUUUCAGGGCGGAAGACUCCAACACUCACCGUCACCUGACGGAGUUUGUGGGCCUGGAUAUUGAGAUGGCCUUCAACUACCAUUACCACGAAGUGAUAGACUCCAUCACCGACACCAUGGUGCAGAUCUUCAAGGGCUUGAGAGACAACUUCCAGACAGAGAUCCAGACAGUAAACAAGCAGUUCCCAAGUGAGCCUUUCAAAUUCCUGGAGCCCACUCUGAGACUCGAAUACACCGAGGCCGUGGCCAUGCUGCACGAGGCCGGGGUGGAGAUGGGUGACGAAGAGGACCUCAGUACACCCAAUGAAAAACUGCUGGGUCGUCUGGUUAAGGAAAAGUACGACACUGACUUCUAUGUGCUGGAUAAAUACCCACUGGCUGUUCGACCCUUCUACACGAUGCCUGAUCCAAACAACCCGAAAUACUCCAACUCCUAUGAUAUGUUUAUGAGGGGGGAAGAGAUCCUGUCUGGAGCUCAGAGAAUCCACGACGCUCAGCUGCUGACUGAGAGAGCCAACCAUCACCAGAUUGAUUUGGAGAAGAUCAAGUCAUACAUCGACUCCUUCCGCUAUGGAGCUCCUCCUCAUGGCGGUGGAGGAAUUGGCCUGGAGAGGGUCUGCAUGCUGUACCUGGGUCUCCACAAUGUUCGUCAGACCUCCAUGUUCCCUCGUGACCCGAAACGCCUGACACCCUGA